AUGAAGCCGGCAAGCUUUCCAAGUCCCGAGGCGUUGGCGUGUUUGGCAACUAUGCUGCUAGUACGGGUGUUGUACUACCUUCUUUCGUCUCGUCCGGAGUCGGGUGAUACACGGUUUGAUUGGACGUCGUUUAUGUACAAGAACAACUCGGAAUUGUUGGCUAAUUUGGGGAACUUUGUCAACCGCCUGACCAAGUUCACCAUCAAACACUUCGACGGUCGUGUCCCAGACUAUCGGUCUGGAAACAACGACGAAUCUUUUGCUUCGCUCAGCAAAGACGUCAAUGAGCUUCUGGCAAAGUACCUUGACAAUAUGGAAGGCGUGCGCCUACGCGCAGGUUUGGACGUAGCAAUGGCUAUCUCUGCUUGUGAUCGAGUUGCCUCAGUAGUAGGUUAUGGACUCAACCUUGUAUACCUUCUAUCCGCGCUAUUCUAUCCCUUCAUGCCAGCCAUUUCCGCCGAUAUCGCGUGUCAACUUAACGCGCCUCUUCGGGCUAUUCCUGAGCGAUGGACCGGGGAAGAUCUACUUCCGGGACACAGCAUCAGAGAGCCCAAGCACCUUUUCCGGAAGAUUGACGAGAAGAAGAUGGAGGAAUGGCGCGGACGUUUUGGCGGAGCGGAUACACAAGGCGGUGAGAAGAAGACUUUCGUGGUCGUGGCCAAUCUGAAGCCCGUCACUAUGCGAGGCGUCAAGUCGGCAGCCAUGCUCCUAGCCGAGAUUGAUGACCCUACUAUCGAAUUAUUUGAUCCUCCUAGGGAUGCCGAGGUUGGAGAGAAGUUGAACUUUGAAGGAUAG